AUGAUUAGAUUGAGAAUUAAUAUGAGAAGAUUCACUUCUUUAGAAAAAGUCUCAUAUGUGAAAGUUCCUAUUCAAUACCCAGCAAGCAAACCCCCUGCCCCAUCUCUUAAAGAUUAUCAAAUUUUGAAUGUUAACCCUGCAGAUAAUAAUCGAGACAUAGUCAAUGCUUACAGGAGAAUCGCAUAUCAUCUGCAUCCAAAGAAAAACAGAUCAGCCACUACUCAAGAAAAUUUUACCUUGGUAACUGAAGCUUAUGAUCGCAUAAUGCUUCAUAGAAUGUCAGAGCAAGGAAUUCCGCAGCCCUACACAGAAAUGUAUUAUCCUGAAAAGUCUCACACAGCUUUAAUCAAAGAUUUCAUUGAAGAGAACUCGUUUUUUAUGCCCCAUGUCUCUGAGAACUAUCUGCGUAAUUUAGUUAUUUUUUAUUGGUUUUUUGGAGUUGGAUAUAUAUUGAAUGACUUUUAUGAUCCUUUUGAAAUUAAAAAAUCUAAAAAUAAAACAUUGAAUUAA